CCCUGGUCUGCUGUGCGUGCCGUGAGAGGACCCAUUUCAUUUUGUGAAAUUUACAUUAAAAGACUGGAAUACGGUGACUUGAAGUGGAAACCACAACUGGACACACGAUGAGGAGGAAAUUCCUAUUGCUGGUCUGCAUUUGCACUUUUGUCUUGCUUGUGUGGUGGAAGGUGAGACCCCUGGCACUGGCAGAUGAACAAAGAUCACCAGUGCGGCAUGGAAAAGCACAUGCCGCAGACACCAUCCAACGCCUCAACAACUCCAGGCACCUUGUGGUGUCUGCAUUUAAGGACCACCGCAGAGGUGGGGCCAUACGGGUGAUAAGCAUCCUCAGGAGGGCAGAGCUCCGGAAGAUGUACUGCCUGCUCUGUCUUCAAAAUACAACUAGCCCCAAGCCGGGUGAGGGGGACUUUAGCCAGUGUGCAUCUUCACAGGCAGCAGUUGAAAUUCACAGGGAUCACUUUAACUUCCCUUAUGGAACAGCGGACAUAUUGUGUACCAGUCCAUCAUCCAUCAAAGCUACACACGUAGCCAUAUCGAUGCACCCAACCCCUGUCCAGAGUUUAAAGUAUUUACCCAUCCAAAACCAGGAGACAAAGGUAUCGUUUAAGUACAGGUUUACUGUGUGUGUAUCCAACCUCUUUGGGGAUUUCAACAAUGCCCUCCAGUUUGUGCAGACCAUGGAGGUCUACAAGCUGAUAGGUAUUCAGCGAGUGGUCAUCUACAACACCAGCUGUGGACCAGACGUGGAGAAAGUACUCAAGCAUUACAGUCAAGAGGGCAUGCUGGAGGUCGUACCUUGGCCAAUAGACAAGUUCCUAACACCUAGUAAGGGCCAUCAUAGAGGUAGAACAGAUGGAGACGUGCAUUAUUAUGGCCAGACAGCUACUCUAAAUGAAUGCAUAUACAGAUACAUGUAUCAGUCACAAUACCUCCUGCUGAAUGAUAUUGAUGAGAUUAUUAUGCCAUACGAACACGCCAGCCUAGGGCACUUAAUGGACACCCUACAGAAACAGUAUGCUACAGCCGGUGUGUUCAGAAUUGAGAACCCAAUUUUCCCCAAAACCCAGUUCGACAGCAGUGGUCACUUUAACCGGCCUGAGUGGAAGAAUGUGCCUGGUCUAAAUAUCUUUGAGCACAUUUAUCGUGAGCCCGGCCGGAAGGGAGUAUACAAGCCCAAGAAACUGAUUAUCAAUCCCCGCUUUGUUGAGCAGACGUCCAUACAUCAAGUUCUGAAGCAUUCCGGACCCUCCAUUAAUGUGGGGUUUGAUGUCUGCCGCAUAAUCCAUGUCAGGAUCCCACUACAAGCGAACCUUUACAAGGACCAAUUGUAUGAGGACAAGAAGCUUUGGGAGUUUGAGAAGAAGCUGAUUCCAAACAUCAAUCGCGCACUUCACCAGUCAGGCCUGUUAUUAUUGUAAUCUAA